GCCUCCCCCGCCCCACCCUCUAAUCUCAACUUCUGUUUUCUCUCUCCUCCCUGGUUCUCUCUCUCCUCUCUCUUCUCUUCUAAAGGAAGCUGCUUUAUCAACUCAAAAAUGGAUGAUGAUGCCUUGAAUAUGCGAAAUUGGGGUUAUUAUGAACCUUCCUUUAAGGGUAAUCUUGGUCUUCAAUUGAUGUCAACAGUUGCUGAGCCAUUGCCAAACGUGAAACAACAACAACAACAACCUUUGUUUACUAAUCAUCAACCGGCCUUUAUUAAUCAUAUUAAUAAUGGUCAUCUUCAACCUAGAGAUUGUGUUGUUUCUGAACCUUCCAAUAUGCAAUUGAACUACUUAAGGGAUAAUUGGAUAAACCAGCAAAGAGAUAGAUUUCCUAACAUAUUUCCUUUGAAUCCAAAUUUUAAUGUUCUUCCCAUACAGCCACCACCACCACCAUCAUCAUCUUCAGUAGCUCAACAUCAUAUGCAGAUUCUUUCGACGAAUGAUCCUCCUCCUCCUACUCUUCCUCCUCAUCCAACAAGUGUUGUGAUUGAGGAAAAUGAAGGUGGAUCAAAUUUGAAGAAGAAUAAGAGGAAUAGUAGUAGCAACAGGAGUCCUAAGGUUCCAAAACCGAAGAAGAGUAAGAAAAGUCCAAAAGAAAAUGGGAAUUCUUCAUCAGUUGAAAGGAUUAAACCUGCAGUUAAGAAGAGUAUGGAUAUGGUUAUUAAUGGUAUGAAUAUGGAUAUAUCGACUAUACCCAUCCCGGUUUGCUCUUGCACAAGUGCUCCACAGCAGUGUUAUCGAUGGGGAUGUGGCGGUUGGCAAUCGGCUUGUUGUACAACUACUAUUUCUAUUCAUCCGUUGCCAAUGAGCACAAAGAGACGUGGGGCAAGGAUAGCUGGGAGGAAGAUGAGUCAGGGUGCUUUCAAGAAGGUUUUAGAGAAGCUGGCUUCUGAAGGGUAUGACUUUGGGAACCCGAUUGAUCUUAGGAAUCAUUGGGCCAAACAUGGGACAAACAAGUUUGUUACUAUAAGAUGAUUAGAUCGAUCGCCAGUUUCAUUUUACAUACUCAUCUGGUUUGUUUUUUCCCUUGUACAUUUGAUAAGUUUAUUGUUAUUAUUUUGGUAGGUUAUUUUGGAGUGUUCCAAGGAUGAUAAGCAAUUUCAGUAGUUUUUUUCUUUCUUGUUGAACUGGAAAGAUGAGAUGUUCAAUGUCUUAUUUUUAUUUAUUUAUUAGAUUUGGUUAUAAUUGAGAAACUUUUGCUUCUGAAUU